AUCCCUGACUUUCAGAAAUCCCUCUUUCACUCUCUCUCGUUCGAAGCUCUCGCUGCCCUGGAAAAAAUUCCACAGAGUACCUGGAAAUCUCAACGAUAAACACUGCAAAUUUGAAAGAGACUGCAUUCGAAAGAGAAGGAUUCAAUACCUGGAAAUCUCAUUGCGUUUUAAGGUUAGGUUUUCGUGUCUUUCUGUUUUGCCCUAACUUUAUGCAAAUUUCAUUCUCCAUCUUUUCAGAAAUGUCACACAUUGCUUUAACUGCAUCACCCACCGUAGUCGCUUUUCACCGUGGAGCGAAACAAUGGAGCACGAUGUUUCCGAGUAGCUGGAGAAGCAGGGGAAUCAAUCCAUCCUCAUUUCCAAAUUCCACCAGAAAACGGUUACCGUUGCGGUUUUUUGCUUCUGGAAAAAAUGGCGUCAAUGGAGGUGUUGUGGAUGAGAUAUCUGAAACAGUAAAGGCGCACACGGAUUUCGUUUGGCCUGAUAACAAGAAGCCUAGAGUGUGUAUUUUAGGUGGUGGAUUCGGUGGUUUAUAUACUGCUUUAAGGUUGGAAUCACUCCAGUGGCCCGAAGACAAAAAGCCACAUGAAUAACUUAGGAGCAUCUUUCUUGAUGAGAUUAUGUCUCGGUACAGAACAUUCAUCAAUGGAGCAAAAGAGAAAAAAAAGAAUCAUAUAACAACGUGGAAAUGCCUUACUCCUAUAUUAGUUUCCUUAACAAGUUCCCUAAUGACACUCUUUAGAAUAUUCCUUAUAUUUAUAUUUAGUGGAGCAUUAUGUUAGAUUGUAAGAGAUGAGAGGAACUGAGUUUAAAUUUAAUCCCAAUUAUAUGUUAUGAUUGCAUGGUGAGGAAUGGAUUAGGAGUAUGUUUGGAUUGACUUAUUUAAAUUUAUCUCCUGACAUAAGCACUUGUGAGUAUGUUUGAAAGAACUUAUGGAAACAGCUUAUGACAUGGCUAUAAAAUGUUUUCAACUUAUAUCUAUAAGCUCUCCAUGAUAGGUUAUGAAAACAACUUAUAGCUUAUAAGAGUAUAGUAUAACUUUAUUUUAUCUUUUAUUAUGGAAAUAGUUUAUACUAAAACCACUAUAUGAUAAACACUUAUGCUAUAAGCGCUAUAUUGAACUGUUUAUCCAAGCUGAGCUUAACUCUCAUGAAUCAUGGUAAGCUGCAAUAUAUUUUGUUCUUAUUUUGCAAGUUGAUUGUACCACUCAUUAUAAAUCUUGCUUAUAUCCUUGCACUGUGGCUUAGUUGUUGAUUUUUCUGCACUUUUUCUGAAAAGCAAUGUGUGACAUUUCUGAAAAGAUGGAGAAUGAAAUUUGCAUAAAGUUAGGGUUGGAUUUAUCGAAGUCAAGAACUUAGAGCAAUGUCUCAUAUUUUGGCAAUCCUAUUACAUGUUGGUUUGAAUGAACAGUUAAACUUCAAAAUGUACAUUCAUAUUUUGGCAUAA